UGCGAACCGGUCUCAAUUAUCGGCCAAAUCACCCCCUUCCUCGUGUUACAUCCCGACGAAUUAUUUUCCUGAACCUAAUUAUUCGCGGCGCUCGGUCCCACUUCGCGGCAGAAGAACACCGCCGCCGCCGCCGCCGCCGCCGCCGCCGUCACAGGAAUUCCUUGCCAUGGAGGGCGUUGGCGCGCGGUUAGGGCGCUCGUCGGCCCGUUACGGCCCCGCGAUGACGUUCACCGGGCCUGUUAGGAAGUGGCGGAAGGAAUGGGUCACCAUCUCCGCCGCCACGGCCACGGCCACCUCCGCCGCGGCCUCCUCCACCGGGACUGGAUCUCGUGGAAAUAACCUCAUCCUGUUCAAGUGGACCCCGCUGAACGGCGCCAACGAACGAGAUGAGGAGCAGACGGCACCGGCGAAGACGGCCACGAGAAGGCGGCUGUACGUGCCGGUUUCUGUAGUUCAAGAUCAAAGGCAAGAAUCUGCCAAAUCUGAUGAUGAGAACAAGGCUAAUGAUGGAGAACCUUCAUCUACGGAAACUGAGCAGUCUAUUGGGAAAACUAAUAUGGAUGAUAUACUUAUGGAUGAGUCCCAGGCAUCAGAUGAGGUUCGAGAUUCUGGAAAUUUCGUUGGUGGAACUGAUCUAAAUCUGAACUUAGGUCCAAAAGACCCCGACGGUGAAGAUGAAGGUGAUACAGGUGAGCAACACGAGGUUCGAACAGAACACAGAUUGAAGAGGAAAUCUGUUACCCCUGACCUCGAGAUGAGAAUGUAACAGGCGGCUUCAUUUAUUCCUUGGAUUCUUUAUUAUUACAGUUUCCCUUUUGGGCCAUUUAUGUAAUUUUCUUGACAUACUGUAUACGUGGAGAGACAAGUCAACAGAAUCACAACUACAUAGUGAAACGCGCAUUGUGUUGCCAAAUAACGUUAAUGAAACUUUUCUUUCGUUUUGCAAA